AUGGUGACUCUAGAACUUACGUUCUCUCUCUUUUCUCCCCAGGGAGGUAAAUGUUUCCAGGAAAGGAGUAAGACCUGGGAACUGAAGAAGCUGGUCAUUGUCUACCAAUACCUAGUGACUGAGUAUUCUGUGCCAGAACUGAGGACAUUUGGAGAAGACAUCACGUUGGAUCCAGAAACAGCCAAUCCCUGGCUCAUCCUUUCUGAGGAUCCGAGAGAAGUGAAGCUUGGAGAUGAAUACCAAGAGUCCCUUGACAAUGAUGAGAGAUUUGAUUGUUUUCCCAUGGUCCUUGGUGCCCAGAGCUUCAGCUCUGGAAAGCAUCACUGGAAAGUCGACGUGACCGGAAAGAAAGCCUGGGACCUAGGGGUUUGUAGAGACUCUGUGCAAAGGAAGGGACCAUUUUUGCUCAACCCUGAGAAUGGCUUCUGGACAAUUUGGCUGUGGGACAAACAAAAAUAUGAGGCUGGGACCUCCCCAACGACCUCACUUGACCUUGAGGUACCUCCAAGCCAAGUAGGAAUAUUCUUGGACUGUGAUUCUGGCACAGUCUCCUUCUACAACAUCACUAAUGGUGGCUCCCUUAUCUACGCUUUCUCUGAAUGUGCCUUUGGUGGUGAGCCCCUGUGGCCCUUCUUUAACCCUGGUGUCAAUGAUGACGGAGAAAACACUGAUCCUCUGAAACUCUGUCCACUAAGUUAA